GGUUGUUUGUCUAUAUGAGUAUAAGCGGUAGAAAAGUUAUGAAUGAAUGAACUCACUUUCCACUCAAAAGCGGAAGUAGUGUCAAUUUCCGGUUCAAACCGGCUCGCACUAUGGCCACGCGGAAGGCAGCAGUCGGCUAGCUUGAAUUAUCAGCUAUCCGUUAGUCCAUCGUUCAUUCCAGUUGUAGCAUCGACACAUGUAGCUUCGCUAGCAUAACACUGUCAUCCAGUACCGCCGUUUGAACGCCUAAUAACUUUAUUAUCCUCUCCUAACUGACAACAUGUCGGUGAAAUAACACAAAUAUGGCCCAGCGACGGGGCACCGACGACGACAUGCUGACUUCUCCGACCAUUCUCCGGGAUUUCGCAGCUGAUUUUAGUGCCUCCGGGCCCGGGGACGUCAGCGACAUGGACUCGGCGCACGGAGCCGAGGACGUAUCCCUGGAGGACAUCCUGUCUCUGUACAGCCAGCCCAUCAACGAGGAGCAAGCCUGGGCUGUGUGUUACCAGUGCUGCCGGACUCUGGCGCAGAAGAGACCGCGGCGGAAAGGCACCAAGAGCGCCUCCGCAGCUGGGGAGUACCCUCGGCGGGUGCAGGGACCCGGGGAUGUGAGGAUCUGCAGGGACGGCACUGUGAAACUGUACCUUGAACGCAGCACAGAUAAAUAUGGCUCGGCCCCCACGUCAUUAGAGGUUAUCGACUCUCUCGGCGUCAUGAUCUACAAAGCUCUGGACUUCGGGCUGAAGGAGAACGAGGAGCGCGAGCUGAGCCCGCCGCUGGAGCGCCUCAUCGACAUGAUGACCAACACGCAGGAAGCCGAGAGCGACCCGUGCCCCGACGAGGGCUACGAGGCCACUGAGGAGGAAGAGGAGGAAGAGGAGGAGCAGCGUGCUGUGACCGCUUCACCUUCCGGCACCGUCAGCCAGAUACGAAGCUACCGUGACAUCAUCACGCUAUGUUCCUCACACCUGCCGAGCCCCUCAGACGCCCCGGACCACUACCAGGCCGUGUGCCGCGCCCUCUUCGCCGAGUCCCAGGAACUCAGCACCUUCCUGCAGAAGAUCAAAAGUGCCAAGGAGAAUCUUCGCAAAAUGGAAGGCGAGGCCCAAGGGGACCCUGCUAAAGACCUGGACGAGCUACAAAACGCUGACUGGGCGCGCUUCUGGGUGCAGGUGAUGCGGGACCUGCGCAACGGCGUGAAGCUGAAGAAGGUGCAGGAGCGCCAGUACAACCCGUUGCCCAUCGAGUACCAGCUGACGCCGUACGAGAUGCUGAUGGACGACAUCCGCUCCAAGCGCUACAAGCUUCGCAAAGUCAUGGUGAACGGCGACAUCCCCCCCAGGUUGAAGAAGAGCGCCCAUGAGGUCAUUCUGGAAUUCAUCAGGUCGCGACCUCCGCUCAAUCCCGUGUCCGCCCGCAAGCUGAAGCCACACCCACCCCGACCGCGCAGCCUCCACGAGCGCCUGCUGGAGGACAUCAAGGCGGAGAGGAAGCUCAGGCCCGUGUCCCCCGACAUGACACGCAGGACCCGUCUGGGUGCCGGGAAAAGCAUGAGCACGCCUCAGGAUUUAUGCCGCAGCUCAGACACCCCAGACGCCCCCAGGAAGUUGGCCCUCAGCACGCAGUCCCUGGUGAGGGGCACGGCCGCCUCGGGCCCCGCUGGGUCCACGCAGCUCAGCCAGAGGAAGAGAUUACUCAGGGCGCCCACCCUCGCUGAACUGGACAGCUCCGAAUCUGAUAUUGAGGAGAGUACACGCAGUACUUCCAUGAUGGAUAUAUCUCCAGAGUCUGUGAAAGGCAAGAAGGGUACGCUUCUCCCGGCGUUCCUGCCGGUGUCGGCGCCCCCUCAGCCGGACAAGCGCCAGUCCUCCCAGAGGCGCCACUCCAUCGAGAAGGAGGCGCCCGCCAGCGCGGGACGCUUGGCUGCGCCGUCCAGACAAAACUCCAAGUCCCUGCUGAUGGACGACGCCGGCAAGGAGGAGUUCUGCUUCCCGGUGGAGUGCCUGGCGCUGACGGUGGAGGAGGUGAUGCACAUCCGCCAGGUCCUGGUCAAAGCCGAGCUGGAGAAGUUCCAGCAGUACAAAGACGUCUACACCGCCCUCAAGAAAGGGAAGCUCUGCUUCUCAUGUCGGACCAAACGCUUCUCCCUGUUCACCUGGUCGUACACCUGCCAGUUCUGCAAGAGGCCCGUCUGCUUCCAGUGCUCCACCAAGAUGAGGCUGCCCUCCAAGCCGUACUCGACCCUUCCCGUGUACACGUUGGGCCACGGCGCCGCGGCCAAAGACGACGGUGGAGAUUCCGGCUCAUCCGAGACGUCCAGGCAGCCGUUCGGUUCGGCGCAGAACCGCAGGAGCUUCUCCAAGUUCUCCAAGUCGGGCAAAGACGAGGCGCCCCGCGACGAGCCGGCGCUGCCCAAGGAGCUGACGGAGGACUGGGCGGCCAUGGAGGUGUGCGUGGACUGCAAGAAGUUCGUGACGGAGAUCAUCUCGUCCAGCAAGCGCAGCCUGUGCGUGGCCACCAAGCGGGCGCGCCUCAACCGCCAGAGCCGCUCCUUCUACAUGAGCUCGUCCGCCUCCAUCAACUUCAGGCCCUCGGAGCUCACCAUCAACGAGGCGUAGGAGAAGUUCGCACCUCCCGUCCCAAGCCGAGAAUGUAUACAAGCGAUUGAAAUGAAGGUAGCCCCGCCCCACACAAAUAUGGCCGCCACAUUUGUAACAUAGGCCAACCCGCCGAAAGCCAGCAUCCCGUUACAUACUCGUAGCACUCAGGAAGAACAAGCGAUUGCACUGUAGCUCCGCCCCCUCAGGUCUCCGCCGCCCUCCAGCAACAAUUUUGCCAAAUCAUCGUUUCUUCGCUCCUUAACGACGGGAAGGGGGUGGAGAUGAUUUGCCCAAAAUGGGGGGGGAUUUUUUUAGGUGCCAAAAACCUUCUUUUCAUUUGGAAUGUUUUGUAAAUACCCUGCAGAUGUUUUUAUGGACUAAUCCAAGCACAGACGGGACCAGGAAUGUCUCCAUGCUGUACAGCCGCCCACAUUUAAUAUACGUCUUUAUCUUCCGUAUCCCAGAUUUCUAUCUUUCUGCAUGUCUCUUAUUUAUGUUAAUAAUAAUAAUUAUUAUUAUUCUAUUUUUUAAAUGUAGUUUUUCUAGAAUCAGUGCCAGGGUUCCAACAAUAAUCAAGCCAAACUUUAUCAAAACAAACCAAAAAAAAAACCACACAAAUCACUUCUGGUUGGUAAACAAAGAAAAACCUGUCCUGCCUGUUCUAGAAUGACGUUCUCAUCGAAGCGUACUUUAUUUAAGGCCAUUGCCAGGAAUGUGUGCAUGUUCUUGCUCUUGUUUUUUUUUUUAAUUCAAGAAACUUCAAUAAAAAAACAACAUUUGA